GCUUUAAUGCUACAACAUGCACUUUGACUGGUCUAGACGAGUUUUGGACAUAUUUAAUCACAGUAACUGCAUCAACUGAUCGUGGAAACACACCUGUGACAUUUCGUGUAAAGACCGCAGAAGGCAUUCCUUCAGCAGCUCCAUCUGUAGACAAACUUACUCCUACUGAACAUGCUGAAGUAGGAUUUAAAAUAUCAUUGAACCCUCCUGGAGAGAGAGAUAUAAAUGGCAUUAUCACAAAUUAUACAAUCAGAUAUGCAUGGAAAAAUGAUACGUGCUGGAAUUCUGAUAACGGUGUUAUGGUUGAGGAAACGAGAAGUACCACCAAUAGAUCUGAUUAUGAAGUGUCAAAUUUGCGUCCGUACUGGUUUUACAAUAUAACAGUGAGUGCAUCGACAAAUGUAGGUGAAGGACCAGUCGGAUGGUGUGACGAUUGUUAUUUUAGAACAAAGUCAUCUAAACCUGGUGAGAUCCGAAAUGUAAAAAUAAGCACAACUUCUAAUGACGCAAACAUUACAUGGGAAGCACCAUGUGAAACAAAUGGAAUAAUUACUAAAUACACAAUAAAUACAACCAAUACCGACCCGACAUCAACUUUGAAACACAACAUGCCAAGAACCUGGAAGAAUGAAACUGAUGGAAAUAUCACUCAAUUCAUUGUUAAGAAUUUGUUACCUUACAGAAACUAUUCGUUUAGUAUUGCCGCUUACACUGAAAAAGGUGUAGGUAACCUUUCCUUUGGAAUAAAAAGGCGGACAGAUAUUGCCAAGCCUCGACCACCAAUAAACCCAAAAGCAAAGAAUAUCAAUUCCACAACUAUUGAAGUUACAUGGGACACGCCAGAUUUGUUUACUGGUCCGACCCGUUACUUUGUUAUACCAGUCGAUGAUAAAGACAAUAAUAUAAAACUUAAUUCUUGCGAAGCAACUGAUAUGGGCGGGAGCCUUGAUGAAAACCUCGACCUUCCUUCCAAUUUUUUAGGUCCCUGA